GUUCUUUUAUGUAGGUGCAACGGCCAAGUCGGUCGUGACGCUGUUUCGUUCUCCCCUCUUCUGUCUCUUCUCCUUCCCUCUUUCUCUCACUCUUCCAAGAAAUUUAUCUCUCACACGCUCCCACACCCUCACCAUCAGCUUGUAUCUCACAACUACGACCCCUUGUCGCCGACGAUGGCACCUUCAGCCAUCUAUGAGAAUGAACACAACGAGUCCGGUCGAGAUGGCCUUGCUCUCGAGACAACAUCGGACGCUAUCGACGAGGUCAAUCUUCUCAAAGCAGAGAUGCGCGUGAAGAACGGCACUGCGACUCAGCAAGAGCUCAAGGCCUACGAACAAUCAAAAUUCGACGCGGAGAAAGACAAGACACAAUUUCGACAGUACGAGGACGCCUGCGACCGAGUAAAGAACUUCUACCGCGAGCAACAUGAGAAGCAGACGGUGGCCUACAACCUCAAGGCUCGCAACGACUUCCAAUCCAAGACCCGCGCCGAGAUGACGGUGUGGCAAGCGAUGGAGAAACUCAACACCCUCAUCGACAACUCCGACCCCGACACCUCGCUCUCCCAAAUCGAACACCUGCUGCAAUCCGCCGAAGCCAUUCGACGCGACGGUAAGCCGCGAUGGUUCCAACUGACGGGCCUCAUUCACGAUCUCGGCAAGCUUCUCUUCUUCUAUGGUGCAGAAGGGCAAUGGGACGUAGUCGGCGACACAUUCCCCGUCGGCUGCCGCUUCGACGAAUCCAUCAUCUAUCCUGGGACCUUCGUCAACAACCCCGACAACAUCGACCCCAUCUACCGCACCGAACACGGCAUCUACACGCCGGGCUGCGGGCUCGACAGCGUCAUGCUCAGCUGGGGCCACGAUGAGUACCUCUACCACAUUUGCAAAGAGCAGAGCACCCUGCCGCCGGCCGCGCUGGCGAUGAUUCGAUACCAUUCCUUCUACCCUUGGCACUCCGCAGGUGGGUAUCGAUGGAUGAUGAAUGAGAAGGACGAGGAGAUGCUGGCGGCCGUCAAAGCUUUCAAUCCCUAUGAUCUCUACAGCAAGAGCGACGACCUUCCCCGAGUGGAGGAGCUGAAGCCGUACUACCUGGAUUUGAUCAGCGAAUUCUUCCCGCCGCGAGACGGGGAGGAGGCGAGGGUGUUGAUGUGGUAACGCGGUGAUUUGAUAGUAGUGAAUACCAACUGCAGCGUGAUUGAAUAUCGGAGAUCACAUGUAGACACAUGUAUGCACAUCAAUGUACCCGAUGAGACGCCUUCGUUGCGCUUGGUGAUAUUGUCCAAUCAUGAUUCUAUGAAUGAUAACAAGCCACACGACAUGCGCUACCAUUCA